AUGUCUACUCAGGAAUGUGAAAGUCCAGAGCUAGAAGAGGAGCAGGCUAAACCGGACAGCCCAUUCUUUGAUGAUAUAGAAAGACGUGAAUUACACAUUUUGGCAUUUGAGCGUAAGUGGGGUACAGAGGAACACAACACAUGCUCAUUAUUUCAAUUUAAAUGCAGGAAGGAAUCGCCCAGCACAUCUCUGCUCUGCCCCACUGCAGAUGCGUCUGUAGCAGCACUGGACGGCAAGUCAUCCAAUUAUUUUGCAGCCCUGGAUUCAAACAUUGAAAAUCUGCAAAGAAGAACGCAGCAGCUGAUCGAGAAGAUCAACGAGAACCGGAAGAAAGACCACACUGUCAUGAGCAAUUUCAGGGAGAGCCUCAUGCUGAAGGUUUCAAGUUUGGCGGAGAAGCUGGAGGAAAGCAUGUUUCUCAUUUACGAUCGCCAUAACAAGCAAAUGCAGGAUAAGCUCCAAGAGCUCUCGGAGAUAAUGGAGAGGAUCAGCCAGAUCCAAACAGAGCUCAGACAAGUCUGCCACACUGUGGAGGCAGCUUAUAAAGACUUGUGUGUGCAGUCAGAGGUGUGAGAAUACUAGGAAGAAGGAC